AUGAACUCCAUUUACGGUUCUCCUAUGAAGACGUAUUCGAGCUCACCGGAUAUCCCUCACAUGAAUUCCUUCGAAUUAGCUGAGGACGACAGUUCAUCUACCACUCAGGUGGGUGAAUACAGCAGGCCAUUUCGGCCAGCUUUCCGACCGAAAACCCCUCCACCACCACCGCCUCCACCCCAGUCGUCCUUACCACAAACCCCUAACUCACAGAGGUUACCAUCGUCGCCAUAUGGUAGUAACCAUGUGAAGCAGAACAGUUCCAAUGGGUCAGCCACGACUCACAUUGUGGUCCCUACUCCUAAUGACUCUGGUGAUACUCCGUCUCCACCUCCGCUUCCGCAGAGUUCGCCUCCUUCAAGCUCUAAGUCAAGCAUCGUACCGCCUCCUCCCCCACCUCCACCUCCCAAUUUACUGAAACUCCCUGCAGCGUCGUCAAGCACAUCCGUAGGAUCUGCAAAGGCUGGUAUAUCGGUGGAGGCGCUUCGCUCAGUGGCGCUGAAAAAGGCAGAGCCUGAAGAGAAGAAAACGCAAAUACCGGUUGGCAUGACAACUAGCGGAUCAGCUGAUUUCCAAGCCGAUUUGAGGAAUGCGUUGGCGAAGCGAAGAAGUAAAGUGGCCCAGGAGCAGGACGAUGAGGACAAAAGCGAUGUGGAUGGUCGGUUUGGCGGCUUGUCUCUUCGCGAGACAGUGAGAGAAAACGUUCAAACGAAGGACGUCAAGCAGCAUUCACCACCAGGAAUAGCCAACAAAAAAGACAGCGGAUAUACAUCAUCAAGAACCUCACUGGAGCCAUCGGAAUACGGUGAGGAGCGUGGUUUGGACGCAAAUUCGAAUCGGCCGCAUUUUACCGUCGAUGGUUCUUCUUCGCGACAUAACGUAGCCCUCAUCAGCCAGAACAUUGAGGACAGCUACGGAGCCCGAAAGAACAUCGAUAACAUGUCAGUGUCAUCUACGCUGAGUACGCUGUCGGGCUGCUCCUCCGAAUCUCGUCCUACUCCUUCGCUUCCGGUUGUACCUCCGGUCGACUACGACGAUCCUGAUUCUGGUACCGGUGGCUCUGAUAGUGAUAUGCAAAGGCUCGACGAGUAUUUGGCCGCAUUUCAAGCGCGUCGCGUCGAUGGAAGAGCGCUUCUGAAUUGCGAUCGUGCUGCUUUCACGCAGUUGGGUGUCACUCGAAUCGCUCAUCGUCAGAAAAUGGAGGCAUCACUUCGACGGUACAUGGGCAGCAUGUGA